AACCAGAAAUCAACUUGGACAAUUCAUCCUCAAAGCGCCUCACAACUAUUCUUCACGGUUGACCAGGUACGGUAUAAAAGCCACACACUCAGCCGAUAGUAAGCAUCAGUAAUCGUUCAGCGAUCCUACGAGCUACAUCAAAGCAAAACACCAUGAAGGUUUUCAUCGUCUUCGCGGCCCUGCUGGCCAUCGUUCUGUGCCAAAACACUGAGCAGGACGUGAACAAGAAGGACAAGCGAGGAAUCGUGGAGUUGAACAAUGGUUACGAUGAUUACUACCACGGCAAUGACUUCCAUCAGCAUGCCCACGUUACGAACCACGUCACGGUGACGAAGAAGGUAGCCGUACCUUAUCCGGUGGCCGUAGAGAAGCAGGUGCCGGUCGCGGUAAAGGUCCCCGUUCCAGUGCACGUGGAGAAACAGGUUCCGGUGGUGGUCGAGAAGAAGGUUCCGAUUUACAUCGAAAAGAAGGUACCGGUGCACGUCGAUCGUCCCUACCCGGUUCCGGUGAAGGUACCAGUGAAGGUGCCCGUCUACCACAAGCAGGUCGUUGAAGUUGCCAAGCCCUACCCAGUAACGGUUGAGAAGCCGUACCCAGUGUACGUAAAGCAACCACACUACAUCCAGAAGACGGUCGAGACCCCAGUCUACGUGCACGAAUCGACCGCCUACGGCAGCCCGGCUUCCUACGAGCACAAGUCUCUGUGGGGCUAA